UCACACACACUCACACAGGAAGAGACACCUGAAUUUGAAUUGAGAGGAACUGAGUGUGUCUGAGCAGCGACGAGCCUCUGAGGAGUGAAGUGUGACAUUAUUGUUGUUUUCUAAAUCAUCAUCAUCAUCAUCAUCUUCAUCUUCAUCCUCCUCAUCAUCAGCUUCCUGUCUCCUGUUGCUUACUGAAUUCUGAUUGGCUGAGAUGACAGAGGUGAUGAACACCUGUGACUCUGUGGGUGGAGCCUCUGGAGAGGAGGUGUUGGCUAUCCAGGUUCUUCCAGACACUAAGGAGCGUUUUCCAAAACUUCCAAGGCGUCUCCCAUCCAUCGUGGUGGAGCCAACAGACGGAGAAGAAGUGGAGAGUGGAGAGCUCCGCUGGCCACCUGAUGAUGUCAGCAGUGAUGUCAGAGAGGUGGCAGGUUCAGAUGCACCUGUGGAGGAGGCAGAGCCACAGGAACGGGUGAUAGGCAGAGUUUAAAACCUCCGACUGAUUGGCCUCUUUACUCUCAGCCAAUCGGUGCGUGAACUGUAGCCCCACCUCCACGGCCAGAGGGCGGAGUGAGAUCAGGACAGGCUGAGGAAAUAAACACGGAGAAAAGACGAGAAAAUCCCAACGUGAAAUCAAUUUUAACAAGUCAAGAUGUCUGGAGGGUCGACAGGCCCCAAAGGACCCUGGGACGGCAAUCACAAAAAAUCUCAAUGGAAAGACACAAAAUUAUAAUUAAUUAUAUUGAUUAAUAGAUACAUUUUUAUGUGAUCAAAGUGAAGCGUCAGUCAAGUGACUGAUGAACUUCAGCUUGUCAUUGAUAAGCUGCUGGUGUCUGUUUGUAGGAAUGUUAUCAAUCACAAUAAAGCUGAUGGAAAAUACUUUCACUUUUAUCAGGUUUUGCUCCUAUAGAAUAAAGAAUUCUUGUAGUACUUUGAAGUACAACGGGAAAGUACUCGUUAUUCAGCAUAUUUGCAGUUACUGGAUUAUAGUUAUUGAUGCCAGAUAAGUUUCCACACUGCUGGGUAGUUUAUAACAUCACAGACA